CGACAAAGAUGGAUAAUUAUUCAAAAUACGUCCCAAGUUCUUCUCCCUAUUCUUCACCGUAUUCCAACGAUGUUCAUCAAGACGCUCGCCGAAUAUCUCGUACUCCCAGUCCAACUCCCAGUGAGAUACAGGCCCUCAAUCAGAAGGGAUUCUUCAAUUGGAAGUCCAUAUUCGACAAAAAGAUGAUGUGGACAAAAAAACGGAUCAUUAUUUAUAUUGCUCUAACCCUCGCCAUCGUUGUGGGUGCCCUCUUCAUAUUCUAUCAUGAUAAAAUCGUACAUGCAAUCCAACCAAAAGCCGACUGGAUGCACAGCUUGAAGUUUGGAUGGAUAAUCCCUAUAGCCAUUUUCUUUGUGAUAUCAUUCCCUCCGCUCUUUGGCCAUGAGAUACUGGCUAUCGUGUGUGGUCUCGUAUGGGGCAUAUGGAUUGGUUUCGGCAUAGUGGCAGCUGGCACUUUCAUCGGUGAAAUAGGAAACUUUUACGCCUUCAAGUACCUCUGUACAUCUCGCGGUGAGAAGAUAGAGAAAGGCAGUAUCAUUUACUCGUCUCUGGGAAGGGUCGUCCGUGAGGGCGGUUUCAAGAUUGCGUUGGUUGCCCGUUACAGCGCCAUCCCGCCUCACUUCACCACUGCACUAUUUGCAGUAUGCGGCAUGAACAUCUUUGUUUUCAUGCUGGCAGCAGCCCUGUCUAUGCCAAAGCAGUUCAUAACUGUGUACAUCGGAACUUUAUUGGAAACUGAUGCCACCUCGUCCGCCUCUACCAAGAACAAGAUCAUCAGCGAUGUCGUCGGUGUCGUCACCGUCCUGAUCACCAUUGCUGCCAUGUGGUAUAUCACCAGAGAAAUAAACCGUGUCAAACCACAAAUCGUUUACGAGCGCCGCAAAGCACGUCAAGCGAAAUUGGACGCCGAGGGUGAAUCACUGUAUCAAAACGGGGGCUCGAAUACCUCCGCAGUAUUCAACACCUCAGACACCACUCUUCCCCUUAACUCCUUCUCAGACGCCCCCUACGAUCCUCCCUACCAGCAAUGGGACAGCGAAGGCCGCGCCAUAGGCUACGCACCAGACCCACGCAUACAUGCGCCCCAACCUAAGAAACCGGAAAACCCGAACCCAUUCUCAGGUGACACAACCCCCACAUUAGGAACCAGGCCUCUCCGCCAAGAGAGCACGGACACUGUUGGAUGGGAGUUGCAGGCUAACGCCGCGCAGGGCCAGAGUUAUAGGUUGAGCGCGAUAGCAGCUGAGCCUAUGCGGAACCCGUAUGAGGGCGAGGAUGAGGGCGAGAUGGAUGCUGAGGAGGUUGUUGGUGGGGGGUAUCCGCCUGCCCUUCCGUCUCUUGCUGGACGGCCGUUGUCAUCUGGUGUUGGGCGGUCACCUUUAUCUGGUAUUGCCGCGUAUGCGCCGCCUCCUGGGCCUCCGCCUCCACCGUCGGGUGCUGGGUAUGCGUUCAGUGCACCGGGGCAUAGUUUUUCGGGGGUGAGUUCGCCGCCUCUGCCCAGUACGACUAGGCAGUAG